AUGAUCAAGUUUUGUUAAAGUCUUGUAAAUUUGUUAUGUUAACACUUUUACCAUAGUGGAAUUUACGAAGUAUCACAGAAAUAUGCCAGGACCUGGAAAACAAGCAGUUUUUGUGAACCCAUUCAAGCCAGAGAACAGAAAUAUUGGAAGGCGAACAGGGAGAGAUGUCAGAGCAGGGAAGAAUAUCAGAAUAUUCCACGAUGGCAUUGAGAACUUUGAUGACUACUGGUCUGAUUCAGAUGCAUCUACAUUAGAUUCUGAUGACAAAUGGCUGAAGGAAAAAGAAAAUGAAAAAAGAAUCAAAGGCAAGGCGUUUGCCAAAAAUCCAGAUUUGUCAAAAGUUGUGAAGCCUGCAUUUCAGAUUGAUUCCUCUCUAAAGUCCAUUUCCCCGUUUUCACCGGACGUUAAUUCUGACGUAAGAAAAACAUUAGAAUCUAGCAAAAGGAGAGACAAGACGAGUGAUCAUGGGACCCUCACAAAGAGCAGGACCUCUGUGGCAGUGGCCAUUACUCCUCAGCAGAGGUAUGGGAGGUCCACCUCAGGUAUAGACCAGGCUGGGGAUGUGUCUGGGUCUAUUACUAAAGAUAAAUCAUCAGGACCUGUACCCAACUCCCCGUUACAGAGUUUUCAGACAAGAAAAAGGCUGACUUACUCAGGAGAGCAGUUAGAGGGGUUAAAUGAACAGAAAGAGCUCAGGGACAAGAAAGACAAUAGGGGAGAAGAAGAAGAAGAAGAAGAGGAUGCAGGGGAAGAAGAUUUGGAUGCCACCUUGGUCGACCUCUCUUCUAGGUCUCUAGUGGAUGGGGACAGAGGAAACGACCACCAGAGCAGAGCUCAACUACUUUCAUUAAACAACAAAAAGACUGCAAAAUCAAGAAGCCAGCAAACACCAUGUGUCAGCUCUAAAAGGACUGACUCACAUGUCCAGGAAAAGUCUACAAGAUCAAGCAAUCAGAAACAUGGUAAAUCAUCAACAAAACCCUCCAAAAAUAAAACCAUCCAGUCAAAGCAGGUAUCUCCAGUAUUAGAUACUGAGGAACUGUUGUUGAAUGGAGUACAGGAAAACCUGCCUGAGCAUUGUACAGACAAUUACCAAGAUGAGCUCUUGGAAGAGCAGGAUAUUUCUCAGAAUGGAGAUAAAGAUAGAGCAGAGGAGGUGUGCAGAAAUGUGGAGAGAAGAACUGGUGACGUAGUACAGGGGAAAGGAAGUGUGAUUAAACAAAAAAGCAAAGUUAAGAAGGGUAGCUUAAAGAAUGAUUCUCAACAGCAGGAAAAACUUGAUGCAGAUGAAUUCAAAAACAGUGACAAAUCUGAUCAGGUAGCAACAAAAAGAGCACAGUGUUCAGAAUCUGAAAAUGAACUGCAAACAGGAAGCCAAAACACAAAUUUGCAGCAGAAAAUUCACCCAAAACAUACAUCUUUGCAUACGUUGUUCCCUCACAAUGAUUCUGGGGAAGGCGUUACUGACCGCUUUUCCACACUGAACCUUAUAUCUAAGAGAAAGUCAAUAGUAGAUGAAAAUGAGAGUGAUGAAGAUGAGUAUGAGAUCAUAGAUGAAAUACCAAGCAGAUAUGUCACCGAUCUCUCUACCACCAUGAACUCCUCACUUGAGACGACUGAACCUAAGAAAAGGUCUAAAGGAAAGAAAAGAGAAAAAAAGCACCAGAAAGAAAAAAGCAGUAAGAAUACUGCAGGCAGAAAUAAGUCCAGUAGUAAGUCUAAAAAACUGUCAUCCCCCAUGGAAGAUAAGUCAGAGGAUGAAGAGCCUCUGAAAGCAAGAGGUGGAAAUGACAGCUUUGCAGGUCAGCCUCAGAGUGGGCAUGGGGAAAAGAAAGUUGACAACAGACGCUCGUUUGAAAAUUUAUUCAAUGUGUCACCUGUUGAAAACAAAAAACUCACACCCAACAGUGAAGACACAGGCUCGGGGCCAGGAAGAAAAAGGAAAAUUACUAAAGACUCAGAUGGUAAAAAGGGCCACAGGAACACUGGGAACAAUAACAGCAAUAGAAAUAACACCGCUGAUGAACAUGGUGAAGUGAAUCAAGGAGAAAUAGGUGAAUAUAUGGAGGAUAAGAAUGAUGAGAGGACAGCUGCUUCCGACGGUGUCACCCCCAAUAUUUCCAGUGUAGUGCAGAAUAAGAGGAGAACAAUUGCCCAUAUGACUCCCAAUGUUUCCACCAUUGAGGAAGAGAAUAGCCAUGUAGGUGAGGCCCCAGAACCUGCUAGUGCUUUAAAGUCAGGCAAAGUUAUCAGGGCCAAAAGGAGAAUGUCUCGGUCUAAACUGGACAAGAAAGGAAAGGGAGAAGCGAGCAAAGAAAUGAAAGGGAAAGGUCGUCCUAGAAAGAGUGUGCACUCUGGAACAGAGGAGACAGCUGAUGAAUUUUCAGAUUACUUUUCUGAAUGCCUAGAUGGAACUAUAAAUGGCAAGAGCAGAAGUACAAGUGUUUCUUCUAAACCAAAUGGUGAUGUUGAGGAGGGGAGUGAUGAGGAAGAGGCCCCACCACCCAGCCCACCAUCUUUGAAAAAAGGAAGGAAGAAUGUAAAAGAAACAUCCACAAAGAAAACUGCUGAAAAGAAACGGAACAAACCAGGCAUUGUGAAAGGAAAGCGCAAAAGUGACCCUAUUCCUCCUGCUGAAGACAAUGACAGUCCACAUGAAAGUGAGGAAUAUGCUGAUGAUGUUCUCCCAAGUCCACCAACUGUAAAGAAGAAAAGAAAGAGCGUAACUGUCAGUACAGCCCCGGCCCUGCCUACUCCCUCUGGUUCUGGGACUGUCUUGAAAUCAAUAUUGAAGAAAACCCCUCGUGGCACCCCCUACAGUGCAGAAAGUUCCCCUGUUGUAGCAGAAAAGAGUCUUCUGCACUCCUUUGAAUUGUCAGACAGUGUAGGAGUCAGUCGCACUCCGAGGUUCUCUACAGCUCCACCUCAACAUUUCUUUGAAGUCACAGCCUCAGAAACACCUCAGAUUCCUGAGAAACCAACAAAGACAGUUAAACUAAUUGUUCCUGAGCCUGCACCAGAUGGUUUGAGGAGAUCCAGCAGGACCAGAAUUCCCCCACUGCAGUGGUAUAAAAAUGAACGACCCAAAUAUUCAAGGCGCAAGUCUGGUGGAUUUAUUGUUACUGGGAUUCUUCCUCCACCAGUUGAUGAAAAGCCUAAAUCAAAGAAAAAGUUGAAAAAGGCCAAAGGCAGAAGAAAAGGUGCAGGUGCCCCUCACACGCCACGUAACAUGUCCAUGCAUGUUGAUGUGUCUUCUGAUACAGAGCUGGCAUAUGAGGAUGACCUGGUGGCUGUAGUUAACCCUGAGACACAGGAAGAAGUUUAUGUUGAUUGUAUUAAAAGCCGUGAUAAUUUAGUCUUCCUGGGACCCAGUGCCCAGCUAGCAGAGCCCACAGAUGACCUCAUUCUCUGUAAGAGUGUCCAGCAGAAGGCGUUCUCAGUGGGGGAGCUGAUACUGAGACCCCUGAGGGAGAAACCCAUGCAGUUUGUCAAGAAUGACACCAUGGUGUUCCGUAUAAAUGUGGGUAAACUGGCUGUCACAAUCCACAAGACCUGUACUAUACUGGAGAGUGGGGAUGUGUUCUUUGUGCCAAAAGGUAAUUGCUAUAGCAUCAAGAACCUAAGAGAUGAAGAGGCAAAACUUGUAUUUUUUCAACACAAAGGUUAAUAGGCAAGGAAUUGACAUUUUUCAAGAAAGAAAUGGAAAGAAAACUCAUGCUGCAUUCAAGACUUCUCAGGACUAUCAUUUUGAUAGAAAAUUAUCAGAAAUGUAUUCUUGUGAGAAUCACUUUAAUGUUGGGAGAAAGUUGUGCUUUUGAGAAUAACUGUACUGUAAAUAUUGUUUGAAGGCUCCUGCCUUUGGUCUAUCUGUAAAUGUUUCAAGUAAAUUGAAGGCCUCAAUUGAUGUCUUUUUUACAUUUACUGAUCAAAAUUGGAAUAAGAAUAAAAUUUUUACUGUAAAUAAUAACUUGUAGUAAUGAAAAUCUUACCUAUUGUGCAUCUUAAUUUUAGUGAAAUGAUAUUUUUAUUGUAGAGAGUAACGUACCCAGUUCACCUGUGUGUAACAUUGUUUUUGGGGUGAUGUAAUGAGUAAUUGAAAAAAAAAACAUUUCAUUAACUCUUUAUUGGUGAAAAGUUUUAAUGUACAGAUUUUAUAAGAAAUUUAUAAAGCAUGAAAAUUAAGUGCAUAAAAUCACAUUUCAUUAUUAUCCUUACCCUAUAUAUAUCAUUAGCAUAAAAAGCAUCGCCAUGUAACUGUUUAAAUGUAUCUAAUAAAGAGACGGGCAUCUGGA